AUGCAAGGUGGUAUUAGAAGAAAGAAGGAUUUGUUACCUCGUUAUAAGAAAAAUGGUGGUUUUAAUAACAGAAAUAGAUCAUAUUUGACUACCCCAAUGAAAAAAAUAUUGGCAUACAUUGGUCUUCUAUGUAUUGUUUAUUUAGUCUUGAGAGUGGCUUAUUCUGAUUUAAAUAAAAUCCCAACAUAUGAAUUAGAACGUUUAGAAAAUGAUAAAACUAAUAACAAGAAUAAUAAUAAAAAUAAUAAUAAUAAUGUCAAUGUUAAAUCUAAUAAUGAAGAUACUACAAUUGACGAACUUUUAAAAGAUAUCAAGCAAAAUGACAAUAAUAACAUAGUAGAUCAAAUCAGUAAUAAUAAUAAAGAUCCUAAGAAUUUGGAUGAAAGAAAAAAAAUAGCAAAGGACAAAUUUAAUAAUGAAGUUGCUAUGCAACAAGAAACUAAAAACCUAGAAAAUGACUUAAAACCACAUGUCGAUGCCAAAGAUAUUCCAAACAAAGGGUCAGGUAGUGUUGUGGAUGAAUCCGCUGUUAGAAUGGCACAAAAAAACCUAAUAAUAUAA